CUUAUCCCCUCCCUCUCUAGGAGAAGUCGAAACACUAUAGAGCUCCGCUCCCAGUAAUGGCGGCGACAUGGACUUCUUUUGUAACCUCCUUUUGUAUUUCUUCACCUUCUAAUAAACCCUCAUACUCAUCGUUGAGCGGUCUGUCUUUCCGGAGGCAAACAGUGCUCCCAACGAACAGAUUUCCCAGGAUAUAUGCGUUGUCUAGCAACGACAUCAAAGUCGGGACAAACAUAGAAGUCGAUAGUGCUCCGUGGCGUGUUCUGGAGUUUCUUCAUGUGAAGCCAGGCAAAGGUGCUGCUUUUGUCAGAACCAAAAUCAGGAAUUACGUCAAUGGUAGCACCGUCGAGAGAACCUUUCGUGCCGGAAUUACUAUGGAAGAGGCAAAUGUCUUCAAGGAGACCAAGCAAUUCACUUAUAAAGACGGCUCUCAGUUUGUUUUCAUGGACUUGAGCAGUUAUGAGGAAACACGUUUAAACGAGGCUGAUAUGGGCGACAAGACCAAAUGGCUUAAAGAGGGAAUGGACUGCAAUUUACUCUACUGGAAGGACAAGGUCAUCGAUUUUGAACUUCCCAUUACAGUUCAGCUUAAAAUUGUUGACGUUGAUCCUGGUCUCCGAGGUGACACUGCACAAGGUGGAACAAAACCUGCCACCCUCGAGACUGGUGCAGUUGUCAAUGUACCCCUCUUUGUCAAUGUUGGUGAAGAUAUUAUGGUGGACACGAGAACCGGUACCUACAUGAGCCGGGUCUGACACAUCUUCCUUAUUGCUAACGACUAAGGAACGCGAGAUUUAAUGACCGGUUUUGGUUAAGAGUCUAAUUAGUUGAGUGAAUUUCUACUAUGGAAUAUAUUGAUUUCUUUGUUGGUCAGUUAUUACUAUACCUGAGUAGUAAAUCCCCACUUUACUUUUA